AUGCUAACAAAUAAGAAAGAAAAAAUAAAGACUAAAUCCAUAGAACAAGCUCUUCAACAUUUUGAUCAUUUUUAUUCUGGAAUAUUUAAAACAAAAUGGCCUUCAAUUCGAUUAGCAUUGCAAUGUCCUUCAAAAUACUGUGCUUUUGUGAAUGCUUUCAGUGAUGUUGAAAGCACAGUAAAAACACUUGAAGAAUAUGGUGCUAUAAACUUAAAUAAUAUAUAUAACAAAAAUGUACAAAAGUGUCAAAAAGAAUCAAAUAAACAAGAGAAUAAAGAAAUAAUCAGUUCUUCAGGAAACAUUAACAACCCAGAUGAAAUUUUAGCUGAAGAAACAGAUGAUUUUAUAGAAACUGAUAAUAAAACUGUUUAUUCACCAGAAGCAAGUUAUGUUGCUGAAGGAGAAUAUAUCCCAGCAACUAAAUUAAAAUAUGAAGAAGAAAUUAUUGAUGAAAAUGAGUAUUUUUCUUUUUUAAAAUCAGAUUUGAGUUCAACUAUAAAUUCUGAAAGAGAGAGAAAUACAAGCUUUCCCAAAUCUUGGAAUAUUUAUGUAUAUCCUAGAGGAAAUAUAGAGAACUUUCCUGCUCCCAAAAAGGAUUCAUUAGAACUUUUCAGCUAUUAUUUAAUGGAUGGAGCAUCAAUAUUACCCGUUCUAGCUUUAAAUCCUCAACCUGGAGAAUUAAUAGGUGAUUUCUGUGCAGCACCUGGAGGAAAGACACUGGCUAUAUUAUUUUCACUUCACUUUGGUAAGUUUUAUAUCAUGCAAAAUGGAAAAUCCACCGUUUAUUACAUUAUAUAAAUUUAAUUAAUAUUUAAAUCAAAUAAUUUUAAAUAUCAUUUUUAUAGCAAAACAAUUAUCCAUUAAACUAAAAAAAAGUUACUCAAAAAACUCAAGAAAAAAAUUUAAAUUUAUUCAAUAUUAUAUAGUACAUAAUGAAAAAUAAUUUUAGAUAAUCUGAAACACUCACCAAUCCAAACAGGUUCAUGUCAAGAAGUUUGGAUUAGAAAGAUUCUACUGUACAAAGAAGUUAAGUUCAGUAUAUUAUAAAUUUUCAGGUGCAAAAGGAAUAGAAUUAUAAUAGUUUUUAAUUCUUGUAAUUUUAUUCUUUUGUUCCUAAAAAUAUUACAAGAAAGGUAAUAAAACAGUCAAAAACUAUUAAAUGGUGACAAAUA